AUGUCUGAGCAGCUCCAGCCCACCCAAGAACAGGCUAUGCAGGCCCGCCAAGAAUCCGUCAACGAACAACGCCGCGACGUUGCUCUUGGCCCCCUCCGGUCCCACCGUGUGCCCCUGCCUAAUGAGCUCGCCGAGUUGACGCCCGAGGAGCAGCCUGGAGGCAAGCAUGAGAAGGGCGACAACACGCUUAGUAUCAACAUCGCUUUGGACUUGCUUGUUGAAGUGCAUUUGACGGCGCGAGUCAAGGGUGAUGUUACCAUCGGUCUUCUCUAA